AGGCCAGAAGGAAGAGCAGCUUUGAGGGUAAUGCCUGGGGCCCCAGUUUGCUGGCCUCUCUAAAACAGUGCAGGGCAGUGAGCUCUACGGGGGCCAUAGAGAGGCAGGAGAGAUAGGCCAGGAAUCUGACUCCCACCACCAUGCUGAAACAGAGCACCGAGAGGAGAUGGUCCUUGAGCUACAAGCCCUGGAGUACCCCAGAGACUGAGGAUGUGCCCAACACUGGGAGCAACCAACACCGCAGGAGCAUCUGCUCCUUGGGAGCCCGCACUGGCUCUCAGGCCAGCAUCGCACCACAAUGGACCGAGGGCAACUACAAUUACUACAUUGAGGAAGAUGAGGACUGCGGGGAGGAGGGGGAGGACUGGAAGGACGAUCUUGCCGAAGAGAACCAGAAGCCGGAGUGCCUCACAAGCCUCCUGGAUGGCCACAAUAACACUCCAGCCCAACUGUCCACGCUGAAAGUGAACGUUGGCGGCCACAGCUAUCAGCUGGAAUGCUGUGAGCUGGCCAACUAUCCCAAAACGCGCCUGGGUCGCCUAGCCACCUCCACCAGUCGCAGUGGCCAGCUGGGCCUGUGUGAUGACUAUGAGGCACAGACGGACGAGUACUUCUUUGACCGUGACCCAGCGGUCUUCCAGCUCAUCUACAACUUCUAUACAUCGGGGGUGUUGCUGGUACGAGAUGAGCUGUGUCCACGCAGCUUCCUCGAGGAGCUGGGCUACUGGGGAGUGAGGCUCAAGUACACGCCACGCUGCUGUCGUAUCUGCUUCGAGGAGCGGAGGGAUGAACUGAGCGAGCAACUGAAGAUCCAACGGGAGCUGCGCGCACAGGCGCAGGCCGAGGAGGCCGAGGAGCUCUUUCGGGACAUGCGCUUCUAUGGACCACAGCGUCGGUGCCUCUGGAACCUCAUGGAGAAGCCCUUCUCCUCUGUGGCCGCCAAGGCCAUGGGGGUGGCCACCAACCUCUUCGUGCUCAUCUCCGUGGUGGCCCUGGCGCUCAACACGGUGGAGGAGAUGCAGCACCAGGCAGAGCAGGGCGCAGGUGGUGGGGACCCCAGGCACAUCUUGGAGCACGUGGAGAUGCUGUGUGUGGCUUUCUUCACUCUGGAGUUCCUGCUGCGCCUUGCCUCCACCCCCAACCUGCGGCGCUUUGCUCGCAGCGCCCUCAACCUGGUGGACCUGGUGGCCAUUCUGCCUUUCUACCUGCAGCUGCUGCUCGAGUGCUUCACGAGUGAGGACCAGAGGCACAACAAGGACUCCCCACGAGAACACGACCUGGAGACCGUGGGCCAAGUGGGCAAGGUGGGCCAGGUGCUGCGCAUCAUGCGCCUCAUGCGCAUCUUCCGCAUCCUCAAGCUGGCUCGCCACUCCACAGGGUUGCGGGCCUUUGGCUUCACGCUGCGCCAGUGCUACCAGCAGGUGGGCUGCCUAAUGCUCUUCAUCACUAUGGGCAUCUUCUCCUUCUCUGCAGCUGUCUACUCGGUGGAGCACGACGUGCCUGGUACCAACUUCACCAGCAUCCUCCAUGCCUGGUGGUGGGCCGCGGUAAGCAUCUCCACCGUGGGCUAUGGAGACAUGUACCCGGAGACCCACCUUGGCAGGCUUUUUGCCUUCCUCUGCAUCGCUUUUGGGAUUAUUCUCAAUGGGAUGCCCAUUUCCAUCCUCUACAACAAGUUCUCCGAUUACUACAGCAAGCUCAAAGCUUACGAGUACACCGCCAUCCGGAGGGAACGAGGAAAGGUGAACUUUAUUCAGAGAGCCACAAAGAAAAUGGCUGAAUGUUUAUCUGGAAGUCAUGCACAGUCCACCACAAGGCAAGAGAAUUAAGGCUUCCUUAGGACACAAGGCUUGUUGAACCCAUGAAUUUCAAAGCUUCAUAGUGCCGGGCCUGCUUCUUUUAAAAUUAUGGUCCCCUCCUGGCAACAGAGGGGCAUGUGAUGCCGACACACACAAAGAGCAUUCUGUUCAAAGUUCUAACUCUGGGAAUGCUCAUUUGGGUCCAAACUCAAAAUGCCUCACAUCGCUCUUUAGCUAGAUUGUGUUUAUGUAUGAUGUCAAUACUGGAAAUGGCUCCAAGGAAGCAACAUCUUAGAUUUCUCUUUUAGAUUCUCAUGGCAUCUAGUUUGAUGCAUAUAUUUAGAUUUGAAUUGCCUGAAGAUGUUUUCCCCUAUUUCAAAGCAGGAAGAGGGGCCCUUGACUUUCCAGAGAAUGGAGUAUCACAGUAGGAGCUGCAUAAGUUUUGGAGUCAGACCAACCACUCAGCCAGUAUCCCAGAUCUACCAGCUGGAUGGUUUGUAGGAACUUAUUUCAACCCUCUGAGCCUUGGUCUCUUCAAAUGUGAGAUGUACAAAGUCUUAAGCAUGAGUGUUGGGGUUGAAGAUAACCCCAGUAGCUUCUAGCACUGCAAAUUACUAGAUGACAGUAAUGCCGAUGUUGAUGAACCUCUGUCCAGAAUUACUAUGGGAACCCAAACUUGGUCCAUGAAAUUUUUCUAUAUGUGUGAAUUUCUCCCUCCCUUUAAAGGAGCCCCCACUGUCCUCUCACUUAACUCUGACUUCCGUUCUUUCUAUUUCCCAGAAGAGGGGUAGAAGAGCAAAACCUCCUUCUCAACACUUGCUGUAUGGCAAGCUCUGGAAGGCCUCCUUAGACUGAUGGUUGGGAACCCAAUGCCCCUUGGGUCAUUUCUCUCCUUGACACCUUUCUUUGAAUUCCUUUCUGGGUCCACAGGGCUCCUGUAAAUUGAAGUUGAAAUUGAAGGCUCAUUUGAAAAGAGCACACAGAGAUUUGCCCCCAUAACUGGAGCUUGUGAUGCUAUAGAAUUCUUCUUGGGGUAUGACUGCCCCAUCUGAAUCAUAUAUAAGAGUAAUUGUGCUACUGACUGUGGCAAAUGUUAAGAGCUAUACAUCUCGUCUGUAAUUUCAUUUAACCCUCAAUGCAUCCCUAAGUUAGAUGUUGUGGUUGUUCUAUUUAAGGAGAAAUGGGGGUUUAGAAAGGUUAAGUGAUCCAGCUACACUCGCCUAGCCACUAAAAUAGUGAGACCGGGCUUUAAGCCAGGGUUCAUCUGAGACACAAGACUGUUAGAAGUCUAAAUGUGUGACUUUCAUACAUUAUGACAAAGCACCUGAAGGGUGGACUGUUCUAAGAUUACUAAAUCUAGGAGGUCACAGCCUUGGUGCUAGUUAAUUCUCGUCAAUUUGAUACAACCUUGAGUCACUUGGGAAGUGGAAACCUCCGUUGAGAGAUUGCUCUGGUCAGAGUGAACUGUGACCAUGGCUGUGUCUGUGAGAAGAUAUCUUGAAUGAUGAUUGCAAGGAAUCUUGGCUUGAUGAUAAGCACUAGCACUUAUAGAUGAUUAUUGUUUGAGGGCCUAGCCCACUGUGGGCGACAUCAUCCUUAGCAAGUGAGCCUACACUAUAUAAGAAAGUUAGAUGAAUGGGAGCCAGGGGACAAGCCAGAGAGUGAGCCAGUAAGCAUCAUUCCUCCAUGGCUUCUGCUUCAUGCUCUUGCCCUGAUUUCUCUUAAUGAUGAAUUUCAACCUAGAAAUGUAAGGUGAAAUCUGCCCUUUUUCCCCAUGUUGCUUUUGGUCGUGGUGUUUCACGGCGACAACAAAUCAGAAGAGUGUCUUACUCUGUGACAGAAUACUAUGGAUUGAGCAAUAUAAAUAGUGUUUAUAUCCCUCAGCUCUGGCGAUUAGAACUCCAAGAUCAAGACACAGGCAGUUGUGUUGUAGCUUCAAACUGCUCUCUGCGGUCAAGAUGGUGCCUUUUUGGUUCAUUCUACAGAGAAGAUUGUAUCCUAAAACCAUAAGGCAAGCUCACUGAACACUGACUCAAAGUAUUGUUUAAGGGCCUUGAUUCCAUAGUUCUUGAAGGAACAGCCUCUUAGCUUAAUCAGCCCUAAACACUUCAGCUCCUAAUAUGCCGUGGUGACAACAGACCUGACUUACAGAGGGCCCUACUCAAGCCAAAGCAUAGAGUCAAACUUGAAUUUUAGUCAAAGCAGCAAUUUUUAAUAGAAAUAUGGCUUUAAUAUUUCAUAGAAUACACUCCUAAAAUUCAAAUCUAUCUACAAGUUUGGCAUUUUGCUUUGUUAAAUCUGAUAAUCCUAUACCAUUGUUUUUUUAGAGGCAAAGUUUCCCCAAGCCCUAAAACCAAACCCAAACAGCACACCCUUCAGCCAAGGGAGUCUUCUCUUUCCUCUUGCCAAGUAAAGAGAGGAGGAAUUUUGAACCAGUUUCCUUGCCAGAAGUAAUCAUGUGAACUCAGUCAGCUCACAUAUCCACAUAAUGCAAUCAACAAGGUGGCUGCCCUUCCAUGCAUCCCCAGCUCUCCAGCACUUCAACUCCGGGGAUGGAUGUGCUGAUGACAUGAAACUUCUGGGCUAUCAAGAGGUAUAGGGACCAGGGAAGACCUAAUGAUCAUAACGCUCCCUCUGAUCUGGACAAGAGAGCUGACCUAGAACGUCAAGGCAGAAGAAACUCCCUGAGAAACAGGAGUGGAGGCACAUGGGGCGUGGGGGGGAGACACUGAUAGCAAAGCUGGAACCUUCCAGGUUCCUGGGAUGGGAUCUAGUCAACAGCAAGAGGCCUCCUCCCAGACUCACUGACCACAUCUGUUCAGACAGCUGUCCACUGCCUCCCCCAGGGAGUAAGAACAGCAGGCAGAAUACAAUUAACACAACAAAAAGAACAUUUUGUGAGCUUCACUAUGUCCCAGGCGUAGGAACAUUAUUUAAUGUAAUACUUCAAUUGCAUUAUCAAGGUUUCCCUGGUCACUAACAAAGGCUUAGUCACCAUGAGUUUACUCUUGAUUUUAAAGCUGAUGCUGCAAUGUACUCCACAUAGUCGAGCCCUAUGAAGUUGACACUUUCAUCAAACAUGACCAAAUAUUGGCAGUUUCAUCUGGUAUGAUCUAAUAGUUACGUGGUUAUAAUUUCUCUCAACUUGUUCCCACAUUGUUAACAUGGAAAUAAUACUGGUGUUUUCCUCACAAUUUUGAUAGCUAUUAAAUGACAUUGUGCAUAUUUAAAACUUGAGUGUCCUGGCACAUGUUAUGUAUUGAAUAAAAGUUGAUCCUCCUCUUUCUAUUU